AUGAAGAGCUAUUUGAAUAUUUUUGUCUUAUUGAUCAUCGGAAGUGCUCAUGCAAAGCAAAACUACUCUUUAUCUUGGAGACAGGAUCGUGUUCAAAAGUUCGUCAAAGAAGCUAUCGAAGAAAACGACGUUGUCGCGUUUACCAAAUCAUACUGUCCUUACAGUCACCGAGCCCGAAAGGCCCUAGCCUCUGCUGGGAUAGACUUCAAGCACUACGAUAUUGACAAGAUGCCUGACAUGAGAAUGAUUCAAGAUGAGCUGCAGCGAAUAACUGGAGCUAGAACUGUACCAAGAGUGUUUAUUCAUCAAAAAUUCUAUGGAGGGGGGACCGAUACUGCCCAGGGAGUAGCAUCUGGAGAAGUUCAGUCUUUAGUUCAAGGUGGAAAAAAAGAGUGA